CCCGAUUCGUACGCACACAAGCGCAUGUGGCAUCGUAACGAACGCGACGCAAAACUCCUAACGCGUUCUCGUCCGCCCUCUGCCCAAAAUCCCACUUCUCCUUUUCGCUCUUCCCACCCACACCUCCAAAACACCGCAAUAUUAUAGGCCUUUGACAUAGAGGAUGGCGGCAACAGCAACGACAGCAGCCGCGGCAGCUCAGGACGCUUCCUCCUCAGCUACCUCCACCACCACUUCAACCGACCACCCCUACCUCGUAACCUUCAUCCCCCUCAACCCCCCCGGCGCCCCAUCAUCCAGUACAUCACACACACGAAGAAUAGUCAACCUCGAACACCCCGUGUCGAUCGGCCGGUUGUUGGAUAAGGACGAGCCGGAUUUUAGGGGGUUGAAGUUUGCGAGUAAGGUUGUGAGCAGACGACAUGCUGUUAUGGGGUUUUUGGAUCGGAAGCUCUACAUCCAAGACACAUCCUCCUCCUCCGGCACCUUCCUCAACUCCAAGCGGCUGUCCCCGCAAGGCACCGAGAGCGGGAAAGUGGAGGUGCGGGAUGGGGAUGUGAUCCGGUUGGGGGAGGAGUGUGAGGUGAACGGUGUGGUGCAUCAGGCGGUAACCCUGAAAGUAGCCUUAGGAAACGUAACGGCGCUGAAAGGGAGGGAAUCGCAGCCGGGGCGUCACCCAUCCGAGGAUUCUGAUAACUACAUCGACCUCUCAACAAACCCGCUAAUCCAACACGCCGUCGACUCCGAGUUCACGCUCAUCUGGUCCUCGCUGACACGGGGGUUAGACCACCCGCUUAAAAAACUGCGUGACGCCGCCGGGACUGGUGAUUCGGGAGGGGGAGGUGUGGGGGGAGACUCCGGGGAGUGUGGUGAGGAAUUUUAGUGGAGAUAGUCUUGCGACUGUUGGGGGUGCGGGCUCUGGGAGCAGAGCAGGAGAGGCAGGAGGGCUGGGGCAAGGGGUUGUUUCGCCGGGACUGAGGACUGCUGUUGGGGGUGAGGGGGUUUUGGCAGUUGAACCG